CCUGUUCAACAUGGAGUCCACAGUGGAGAAGCUGGAGGCUAUGUUCAUGAAGUCAGAGGCUGACCUGGAAUACAUUGGGAAGCGGCUGAAGCUGGACUUCAUCAACAGCACUGCAGAGAAUGGAUGUCCUACUGAGGAGAACCCAGCGGUGAUGCUGGAGAACCUAAGAGCCCUCAAGGCCAAACACACAAUGUUGUGCUCUCAGCUGAAGGAGAUCACAGCUGCUCAGAAAGAGUCUAUGGAAUCCAUCAGAAACAACCUUGGCAGUGUCAUGAAGCUGAUCCAACACGUUCAACAGACUACUGAUAUGGAGGUGGAGCCACUGACUGGGUUGGAGCAGGAGUCAGCAGAGCUCCUGUCUUCAGCCAUCAGUAAGAACUCUACAGAGGUUCCUCCUUCUGUAGUAUCGUUUGGCCAACAGCAGUUACCGAGUGAGUCUUUCAACUCUUCCAAGGGCUUUAAAUAUGAGGAGCUGAGUGAAGCUAUGUUGGAAGCAGUUUCUUUCAGCAUACAUUCCAACAUCAAGCCGGCUGAGCUCAAUACGUUCUAUCAGCAGCUGCAGCAGCACCGAUCAGAACGGACAAACUGUGGAUUCCUCAGUGUGCAGAAGAUGAAGCAUUUAAAGAUGAAGGUGAGCGAUGCCAAGUUGAGGAUCCUGCAGCACCUCUCUGUAGUCGAGCUGGACAGAAAGGGCCAUGUUCUUCUCGUGAUUGCGAAGUGGAGACUGUUGACAGGGUGGUGGUUGUCACAGGGUGUGCUUGAUUUGGUUGAGUCUCCACCUGUCCCACAUGAUCUGGAGUAUGAAAGGUGAGCUCACUGAAGGAACAAACUGCAGACACUGAGGUCACGGCCAGACCAGACGCCCACAGGCUACCAGGCUUAUGACAUCGGACAUAUUUUCUGUCAAGAUGAAGCUGUUAACUGUUGCAGUUUACAUACACAAGUGAGCAAAGCACUAUGCCCCCCCCCCCCCCCCCCCCCCCCCCCCCCCCCCAGUUUUCCAUUUUGACUUUGUCCUCUCCUGCCUGCAGCCUCAGCAUGCUUGGUGUAACGUUAUGGUAUCCCUUUAUUUGCCAUUUUGCAUAGAACAAGAUAUUUAGUUUGAUAAACUAAUAAGAAAGUAAUUCAGAAACAUUAAUGAAUCAAUCAAAACUGUUUUCACUUUCAAUCACAAAAAAAGAGGUCAUACACGGGGACCUGGUAAAUAAGCUGGAGACCUCAUCAUAAGUGUCCACAGCAGAGACCCAGUCAGCCUCAAAGUAAGAACACAAGUCCUUUGGACAGAAAGCUGUUUCACCUCUGACAACACAAUGGUGGAUGUGGUUUUUUUGUGUGCACUGUUGCAACCCAACACUGCUGUCACAGGGUCCAGGAGUACACCUAUUCAUCAGUUACAGUAAACAACUGGAAGUCAAGAACGAGAUGUUAAAGGUGCAGUAGGCAAUUUGCGUAAACCACUAGGCCAAAACCAUGGCGUUGCAGCGCCACCCACUAGCAGGUCUCCUGACGUGUGGACAAGUGAUGUUUAACAAACUGCACACAGCGUUGUUUUUACAGCCUGCACCAUUUUUUUCGAUUUACAGAGCCAGGGCUGAGCCGAAAACCUGGAUUAUUUUUCGGAGUGCACACAGAACCAACAGCUAGCGCAACGUGAGGAAAUAUUCGCUGAUUUUGAAUCGCUAACUGCCCCUUUAAGGUGUUCAGAUACUUUAAGUAGUUGCAUGAUGAAAACGUGGAGCAGUAGAGUCAGUGUCUGACCUGCUGUCUUUUGUCCAUUGUCAUAAUCCAUCAUGAACUGUCAUAUUCUCCAUCAUUCGGUCCUUUCAUGGGAGAAGUAAAUUAAUAAAUCUAAGUAAUAAAUCAAUGUAAAUUUUGACAGCAUAUUAGAUUUGUGAUCUUUGUACCUGACAUGGUCCUAUUGACAGGGCUUUUUCGAAAAUGUGCUGUAUGGUCUGUAAUAAGGCUGGGUACUGAACCUCCAUACUCACUGAUACUGACCAAAGUGUUUGUAGAAAUGAGGAUCACAAGUUUCCACAGAUUAAUAAUCUGGUUUACUAUUUCUUAGACCAGAUAUAAAAAAAGACUUGCUAUGUAAGUUUUUACGUAAAAAAAUAAUCAUUUUGGUAUUGAAACUGAAAAAUAUGCCAUGUUUCAUACUUGUGCCCUACAGUAUCUUAGUUGUUUUAUUUAGUGAUGACUUACUCUCUACCACAGCUCUAACAUAUCUGGUAACUUAGUCCAUAAUGAAGUGAAAUAAACUGAGUUGUGGUAAGUGCAAGGCUGUCAGGUAAAAAUCUUUAAAUCUGCAUUAGUGACAACUGAUAUUCUUGUAUUGUACAGCAAUUGUUUAAGUCAAAUGGAAUUAGUUUCUGUAACAAAAGGAGUAUUAAUGUUUUUAAUGGGCCUAACAGUUUUUUGCAUGACAUGGAGGGAUACUUCUAAACUCGAACCCUCUGGGCUAUCGGAAGAAACAAGUCAUAUGUUGUCUUUGCGCAUCAUUUCAUGUGGACAUCCUUAAACAGCACAGUGAAAAAUAAAAAUUUUGCAGACUUUG